AUGGGCAGGGCACUGAAAACCACACAUGUCGAAGGUUUAACCAUAACAACUAUGUUGAAGGACUGGCUCCCAACAAGGAAAACCCCCCCUUUUUUUUUCAUUUUUUGGCUUGCGACGGCACAACUUCCCGCCUCCACCGCCACCACACGCCGCCACUUGGGGCGGCACCGGUUCCGUUGGAACCACCACACUUCCUACUUUCCAUUCCACCCCACCACCACCUCGAUCCGCCGUCGUGGUCGCCGGAAACAGCCACGAAACGUAGCGGUUUUGACAGAUUUUUGCCCAACUUUCGACCUCUCGUUCUCUCUCAUUUCUCCACCAAAUUUGACGAGUAAGGUACUCCGACCACGCAUUCGCAGCAGGCGGGACCCUCUCAGGGUCAGGCAGUGUGGGACUACUUCCAGUAGUCGACUGAGCUCCGCAGCUGAGCCGGAUCGUGUGCUCACGAGCCUUGAGCCUUCGUAGGAUUCCUUCAUUCUGUUUCCCUUGAACUUUGUUUUUGUUGUAUUUAAAUUCCUUAGAUAUGCUCUGUUAUCGCCCUUGCUAGGGUUUGAUCUUUGAGGCCGGAGGCCUUUGUUGUAAACUGUUUAUUUGCUUUAAAGCAUG